CAAACUUGAGCCAAUAUGAACCUUUCCUCUCUUCAACAGACCACACCCACGUCCCCUUUUCACAUACCUUUCAACUUUUGCCGAUCUCAACGCUAGCUUACGGGUCGAACCGUGCACUGCCCCUUUUAUCAGCGUCCUCAACGAGUUCGCAUUAACCGCAUUUUCUCGCUUACACCCGAAUUGCUUGUUCUUACUUGAACUAUGGCCCCCCGAACAGAAUCGAAGAGCGUGUCUGAGAAACCCGCAAAAAAGACCAAGUCGUCCGGCUUAGGCGGGAGGAAAAAACUCAGCGCAUUUAACAAAUUCAUGCAAACUGAGAUGGCCCGGUUGAAGGAGGACGAACCUGACAUGUCCCACCAAGACAGGUUCAAAUUAGCAACGUCUAACUGGAAGAAAGCAAAAGAAAACCCCAGGGCUACUGCCUGAUUCCUAUAUCACCACAUCGCUACGAUCGAUUACUGCUUUGCGCUUUCCUCGUCCCUUGGCCUCCUGUUUACUUGUUGACGCUCGCUUCCGUCGUGCUAUAUCUUCACAUUUGACUGUUAAGCUGCGCAUUCCUUGCCGAGUAUUAUUCAUAUCGCCUGUCAUUCUUUCUGUAGCCCUCUUUCUGUGAUUUUUCUGUUCGGGGUUUUCGUUGUCAUUGUGCUUAGUGUUGCUACUAAUUUCAUCGUAUUCACGCUGCUAGUUGACUUUGCAUUGCAAUUAUUUUGUUGCUCUUCUGCGUCGGGUGCUUAUGUCUUCACCGCAUUGACAAGUGGCAAGGGGUAAUAACGUUUGGAGUAUUCA